AAACCCGAAUAAUCAAUGUCCCCAAAGGCCUAUAAAAUUUCUGGCGAAGCAAUGGAAAAUAUUACAAAAACCAAUCUUCCUUUCCUUUAGUAAAGAAAAAAACAAGUGGAAAAAUCAAAUAACCAGAUAUAGUUUCUACACGGCAAAGCAAGCAAUGGAGCAACAACAUGAAGUUGAAUUUGAAGUGAAAAUAAUAUCAAAUGAAACCAUAAAACCAUCACUUCCACCAACCUCUCAUCCCGAAACAUUCAAUCUUUCCCUCCUUGACCAAAUAUUUCCUGCCUUUACCAUACCUUUGCUUCUUUUCUACAAUCCCAACACCCCAACACCACACAAAAUUGAUAUAACCAGCUUAAAAACAUCUCUAAGCUAUAGCCUCGACAAAUUCUACCCUCUUGCUGGCCGAUUUCUAGACGACUCUACCAUAUCUUGCAACAACCAAGGCAUACCUUUCAUCGAAACCAAAAUCGAUUGCCAUCUCUUAACCUUGUUAAGUUCACCACAUAAACUAAAGUCCCUCAUCAAAUUCCUACCUCCUACUGAGUUACAGGCUAAAUGGGGUCAGCCCAUAUCAGAACUUAUUCCUUUAGCCUUUCAGAUCAAUGUUUUCGAAUGCGGUGGGGUGGUCCUUGGCUGCUAUAUGCUCCACAAAUUUAUAGACGUAGCCUCCGUAGGAACCUUCCUUAAGCAUUGGGCUGCCCUAGCUAGUAAGCAGCAUAUAAACAGCCUUGUCCAACCUAACUUUGCAGCUACUGUAAAGGCAUUCCCUCCACUUCCAAGGGUACAACUAAAACAUGUCUUUGUGCCUGAUCUUAGUAAAGAAUCCUCAACUGGACAGUCACGUUGCGAUUCUGAUUCUGAUUCUGAUUCUGAUUCAGUUAUUAUUAUUGCUAAGAGUUUCAUAUUCACUUCAGUUGCUUUGAACAAGCUUAAGGCGAAAGCUGCUAGCGAGCUGGUUCCUACACCUACCAGCUUUGAGGCUUUGGCGGCGUUUGUUUGGGAGCAGGCCGCCUUAGCUUCAGGGAAGGUUAAACAUACAAAACUCACAUUUACUGUAAACAUGCGACAAAGGAUGAUCCCUCCACUCCCAAAGGAAUCUAUAGGUAAUCUCCUUACAAAUGUGCACUCACAAGUUGAUGAUUUCAGAAGCAGUAAUCUUCAAGAGCUUGUUAAGGAGAUCCAUUCAGAAUUGUACAAACUCAACCACAGAAUUACUACAGUUUAUCAAGGGGAAAAUGGAGCGGAGAUUUUAAUGGAAGAGAUGAAAGUUGAGACGCAACGUGUAAUGGGGUGUAAUGGACGGGGCUCGGGCCUUUAUCGACUUAGCAGCUGGUGUAAGCUUGGGUUGAAUGAAGCAGACUUUGGGUUCGGAAAGCUUCUUCACAUUAUUCCAUUUGAUGGGAGUGUUCCUUCUAUAAACAAGAAUCUUAUUUUUUUCACUGAUUAUAGUCAUCCAAGUAAUGGUGAUGGAAUUGAAGCAUGGUUGUUUUUGGAGGAGAAAGAGAUGCAAGUGUUGGAGUCUAACCCACGUUUUCUUGCUUUUGCUGCUCCGUCCUAACUACUACUCCCUCCGUCCCAAAAUAUAGUUCCCAUUUCAUUUUGCAUAGUCUUCAAGACGUACUUUUGACUUACGAUAUCUUCUAUUUCUUAUUAGUAAAAAAUAUAAAAGUUGAUAUUACGAAUUUAUACAUUGAGACGAAUCUAACAAGACCUCUCAUGAAUAGGUUUUUUUGUAUACAUUAGUAAGAAUAUUUGGUCAAAGUUUUUAAAAUUUGACUCCCAAAAUAGAAAUGGGAACUAUAUUUUGGGACGGAGGAAGUACUUUUCUAGCCCUUUUUCUCUAAAAAUACUACCCCCUCCGUCCCAUAAUAUAAUACUUACUUCAUUUUUGUUGGGUCAAACUUUAAAAUCUUUGACAUAAUAUUCUCAUUGUAUAUAUAAAAAAACAUAUUCAUGUGGGAUCUUGUUAGAUUCGUCUCAAUGUGUAGUUUCAUAAUAUCAACUUUUUAUAUUUUUUAUUAAUACGGAAUUGAAGAUAUUAAAGGUCAAAGUUACAUCUUCGAAAUCGUGUAAAAAAGAAACAAGCACUAUAUUAUGAAACAGAUGGAGUAGUUUUCUUCUUUGGUAUAGGGGCUAGCUAGUCAAGUGAGCCAAGUUUAGGGAGAAAAUAAGGAAGUUGAAGACACAGAGAAAGUGCUGAGAUUGGGAGUUUGGAAGAAUGGAACAUGGGUGAUGCGCGCAGCAAGUGAAAUUUGUUUUUUUUUUUUUAAUAAAAAGUUGGUUGGUCACACCAGGGCUAUAACUAAAUUCGCCACUGGACUCCGGCUACUACCAUCCUUUUGGACGGUGGCAAAUCCAAUUUUUCUUUUUAUUAUGUUUUUAUUUACGGUAACCUUUAGCCUUUCUCUCUUAUAUAAAGUUGUUCUACCCAUAUACUUGGUUAGAUUUAUCCAUAUUUUGGGGUUUAUUACUAACUCUUGUAAAGGUUUGGGGACUUUAUUUUGAGUGUUUUGUUUUCUCGAAUUACAAAUUAAUUUCUUGAUGAGAAUUUGUGUGA